UGUUCAUCAGGGCUCUGUCGAGGCAUUUGCCUCCAUCCAGAUUUGGGGUGGACCGAGUUGAGCGCGCUCGCGCACCACCGGAGCCUCCCUGCACACAACCUGUUCGAUGAAACGCCUCUGAGCUCUGACCCCACGGCGGAGGCUUCGGGCGACAGGAGCAGGAUCAGCGCCCUCCCGGACGAAGUCCUCUUCCGUGUCCUGUCCCACCUGCGCUCACACGAAGCUGUGCACACAUGCGUGCUGUCACGGCGCUGGCGAGACCUCUGGCAGUCGGUGCCCUGCAUCGACGUGUCUUUCAACGAAUUCGCAGACAUGGCCGAUGAAGACGAAGACGAGGACGACUUUGAGCCUGUGGUGCUGUUCAAGAAGUUUGUGAACCGUUUGCUGAUGCUCCGCAGACCCGUUGACCUGGAGGAGUUCCGGCUCGAGUACAGCUUGCCCAUCGGCACCGUGGACCUCAAUGCUAACUCUGCGGAUGCGAACCUAUGGAUCGCCCAUGUGUUACAGUACAAGGCUCGGGCUGUCAAGGUUGUCACUCACAACGAAUAUUUGCAGCUCGUUCCUGCGGUAUUCACUUCAAAGCACUUGAAAAGACUGCACAUUUGCAAUGCUCAACUGAUCCGAGGUUUCUUUGAGCGCCUCAAAACGGGCUGCCCAGCAUUGGAAUAUCUCUUCCUAUCGGACUGCAAUAUUAUGGACCACGAGAUCAUCUUCAACACACUGAAGGUUUUGACCCUCACCGAGGAAACAACGUUCUCAUCUACACAAUCUUCUAUUUCUGCUCCAAGUCUCAUUUCUCUGUUCAUGGAUGAGUGUCGUUCGGAGGCCAGGCUACCUAUACUAAAAAACAUGUCAUCUCUAGAGACUGCAUCAGUAUUGCUUUCAGGAGGAUAUAUCACAACCUGUGAUGCUGAUGGUAUCAGGCAGUUUCUCAGGGGCCUCUCUGAUGUUAGAAGUUUGGACUUCUACUAUGGGGAUAGACAGCUGGAGAUGGGAAAUAAUCACGGAUGGUGCCCAACAUUCAGCAAUCUUAAAAACUUGACUCUUGAUAGUUGGUGCGUGCAUGCAGACUUCUAUGCGCUGAUAGUCUUCCUUCAGAACUCACCUAAUCUGAAGAAGCUAACUCUUAAACUAAACGAGCGACGAUAUCACAACGAGGUUGUAUCUGCAAUCAUCGGCGAGCUGGAGGAUAGAUCGUUUAUAUGUGAACAGCUCGAGAUUGUCGAAAUCAUAUGCUCGGAGGGAAAUGAGCUGCUGCUACUUGGGGUCAAUCAGUUUUUGCUAGAAGAGAGUGGCAUAAGGCCUGAUCAGAUGCGUGUCAGUCACCAGAACUAAGGCCGAUGUGAGGUCCGAUUGUUUCAGGUCCCACUACAGGUGAAAUUACAUGGAAUCACUCAUUGGCAUGCCAUAGCAGGCAAACAUUUUCUCCCCUUGGAUGUAUAUUCGCUAGCUCUGGUUUAUUCGGAAUGAACAUAGCAUGCGUGUUUGCUACCCUUGUCUUUUUCACACGGUAGAAUCCUAGUGUUGGUUUUGAAUUAUGUUCUGCUGGCGGUGAACCAAAAGAAACGCAUCGCUAUCUUCCCAUGUGAUGCCAUAGUUCUUCCGGGAGAACAUUACACUGCAUUUGACAUGUAUGCACAAUUGCUCGUUCUGGUUGGAGCUUGGAUGGCUCCAUUGACACUUGUUUUGAGGGAUGUGUGAUGUUA